AUGGCGGCCACACCGCCGCCGUCUCUGCCGGACCUCGACCUCGAAGAUGGCACCCCGGGCUAUGAGACCAUUGAGGAGCGUUGCUUCUCGGCCGCCCUCAUCUGCCUUGAGGGCCACUACACCAUCCCGCCCAUGGGGCCUCAAACCGCCGCACGGGUCUCAUCAAUGAUUGCCAAAACCCUCGAGAAGACUCAUACCUUCAAGCACGUUAGGGAAACGCUGUCAAGAAACGUCGAGAUAUGGAUCUGGUUGACCAAGAUCUUUGGCGCCGCCAUCCCCAGUCUCACCACCCGCUCAGUGGGCCCGCUGUCGAGCCUCAACGAUCCGGAGAAGGGUGUCACCCCUCAGGAGAGCACUGCCCUCAUUGUGAAGAACCACCACAGCCUCAAGGAUGAUCUAUCCAUCUUGAACAAGCUCAUGCACAUUGCGAGAAACCUGCUGGUCACAUCAGAACCAGAGGUGCCCCAGGACAUUUGUGCCGCGGUUCACUUUGACCAGAUGGUUUAUCAGACCAUCAUACUCUGUGUGAACGUCACAAGCAAGGGCUACGAUGGCGAGAUCUUGGACGAGUCUUCAAGGGCCAAGCUGAAUGAGAUCACCGACAUGUACAAGAAGCUCUUGGUCACAUCCCUUCAACAAGCCCACAACUGGACCGCCAAGAACGACCGCAACAAGAUGUCGUUCUGGUACGACGUGCUUUUUGACGAGGACGCGCAGCUCGACGACCCGCAAGAAGGCAUGGGCGACGGCUCCGGCUUCCGCGUCGACAUUGCCAAAACGGAGAUCCAGCACUGGCUGGAGCGCAACUCACGCAUGUGCGAGACGGCCCGCAGACUCCUCACAGACUACUCCCAGAACAAGUCGCACAACCCGCCGGGCGUCCUCGCGCCCAUCGCGCCCCUGGCGUGGAACUGGUUCCCCGAAGGCCAGGUCAAGGUCCGCGCCGACAACUACGAGGAGGGCGAAAAGGUCAACCCGAGAUGGGACCCCGACAUCGAGGACAAGUUCGAGCAGGACCGCGCCUAUUGCCGUGUAUCCCGCGAGAUCGACACCUGGUGGAUGCGCGCGCGCGACGUGAACUACGACGGCUGGGCGGUCGCCAUGCCCAACGUCGAGUUCGCCAAGACGAGGACGGAGCACUGCAAGAGCAACCUCCUCAACCGGUACACGCCCGUCAUGCGCACCGAGGAGCACGAGGUCGUUGAGGUCGACGAGUCCGAACAGGACCUCGGGCCGGAAGAGGGCUCCGCGGAAGAGUACGCCGAGGGCUACGACGACAUGAUGGACGACGAGGACAUUGACGACGACGAGUCGUACGGCGAGGGUCCCCUGACGGGCCUCCUGACCGAGAUCCCCAACAUCCUCGACCCGAAGCAGAUCGAGGCCCUCCACAUGAUAGUCAAGUCCUGCAUCCUCGACUCGGCCGGCACGGGCCUCACCCGCGCGGGCGAGAACCUCCAAAAGACGCGCUGCCGCAUGUUCCUCGCCCUCGACUGCGGCAAGUCCCUCCUCCGCGAGAUGCUCGUCUUCAUCGCCGUCUGGGAAAAGGACGAGCAGUCCCUCAUCUUCCAAAUCACCUCGCAGCUCAUCGAAGCCCUCCACCACUCGGCCCUCGUCCCCUACGCCUGGAACUCGCUCCGCAUACCAAAGGACAUCAUCUCCCCCGCCCAGACCGUCCUCCUCCGCCUCGUCAACCACAUCUUCCGCAGCCGCAUCAGCAACCCCCCGCAAGACAAAAAGGACCAGGAGCGCGACGUCAAGCUCGUCAUGUUCUUCUUCAGCUUCUUCCGCAGCCGCAUCGUCCCCGAGUGCGUCGCCCUCAUGCACCUCCAGGCCCAGAUCCGCGAGGACAACGUCGACCCGGCCGAGUUCCCCGUCGACACCUGGGACAUGGAGCGUGCCAAGGACGGCCUGGCGCAGUACCUCGACUUCCUCACCACCGCCUCCGAGAUUGCCGAGUCGAGGAAGAAGCUCAUCGAGUGGGAGGCCGUCUACGACCUCAUCACCCUCCUCAACGGCCUCGAAGCAGGCGUCCCCAAGAAACCCCUCGUCGACGCCGUCCCCUCCCGCAACAGACCUCCUCCCGCCGCGGCAGCAUCACCCCCCUCAGACCAACACUCCCAAUCCUCAUCGCAGCAACCCGGCGGCGGCACCCCCAUCAUCGAACGCCCUUACUCAACCACCGACUCCCUUCCCCCCUCGCCACCACCACCCUCCCUCUCCGACCCAGCCCACAAAUACCCCUGGUCCGGCAUCAAAGGCCAAAUCUUCACCAUCCUCGCCACCCUCCUCCAACCGCCCCCGGGGCACUCCACCCCCGGAAACCCAGACGUACAAACCCAAAUGGUGAACCACAACGGCAUCGUACCCCUCCUAAACUGCUGCGCCUACGACGACCACAACCCGUUCGCCAAAGAGCGCGUCACAAUCUGCCUCAAAUGGCUCCUCGACGGCUGCGAGGCGGCCAACAACUUCUUCCGCGAGCUCGUCAACCUCGCGCCCGCGCCGAACCUGCGGCCGCCGCCUGGCGGGACGACCGUCUCGACGAUUCGUGUUGAUGGGAUUCAGGGGGAGGUUAAAGUGCAGGUGCGGUCUAAUUCGGCGCCUGCUGGUGACGGAGAGGAUGGUGGAAGUGGCGGUGGUGGGAAGCAGCAUGUUCAUGACCCGUACGGGUUGGCGGAGGGCGCGGCCAAGAUGAAUCUGAGGUCUAACCACAGCAGCGAGCCCUUUAGCGAGGAUGAUUUCAUGUAG